CACCAUGUCCGCGCCCAGUGCGCUCAGCAUGCCGGGUAUUAGCAGAGAGUGUGUGUGGGUGCAUGUGGGAGGUAGGAAGCUGUGGGGCUGGCGGAGAGCGCUGCCGCCGCUGCGAGCGUCACACUGCUGAAUGGGAAUCUAUCCGGCAACUCCAGCAGACCGCUGUCUCAUACGCGCACCCUGCGUAAAACCAAGCGGCGCGUCUCCAAGUCUGGCUCGGGCCGGCCCACAGGCGGCGAGUAGGUGCUCGGGUCGGACGGACACUUUUUGCUCCGCACUUGUUCCCGACUCAACAACAACAACAACAACAACAUGCCUGCCAUCAAGAAGGAGCGUCUGGACGGGGACGACAUGGCUUUGGCCGCCUUCAACCAGUCCGAAUACCUGGCCCCUUUAAAUGCCGCCGCGAUCCCCGUGGUGACCCCGCACCCGCCGCCUUACGAGCACAUUUUGGCCCAGCAUCGUGCGUACUUGGGGCUUCACGACUCGACGCUGCAUCACCAGCACCUCCAGCACCCCACGGACGACUUGAUGCUGGAGAGAUUCUCCUCCAUACCGGACUUUCAGCCUUUCUUUGACAACGGGGAGCCUUGUAUCGAGGUGGAAUGCGGGGAAAACAAGGCUUUGCUUUAUAUUAACAAACUAUGUCAAGGCAGUAAAGGACCCUCGAUUAAAUACAGGGGCGAGUGGCUCACUCCCAACGAAUUCCAAUUUGUGAGUGGCAGAGAGACCGCCAAAGACUGGAAACGGAGUAUUAGACACAAAGGGAAAAGUCUCAAGACGCUCAUGUCCAAAGGAAUCUUACAGGUGCAUCCUCCGAUCUGCGACUGCCCCGGCUGUCGAAUCUCAUCUCCAGUGAACCGUGGCCGCCUGGCUGAGAAGCGUACCAUCCCAUUGCCUCCCAACCGAGUGCCCAAGAAGGAGCUGGCCUCCAUCUUCAGCAGUGACGACAGUGAAGGUAGCGAGCGAGCCAGUGGGGAUCAUAGCCACAUCAAGCAGGAGGACGAGCUGCAUUACAGUAUAGUCAGAAAGAGUCAUGACAGUGACCUCUCGACAAUCAUCUCCAGCCUGCACCACAGCAGACAGCCUGGCAUGCCCGAGGGUCAGUCCGCUUCCGACCACAAUACCAGUACAGGACACACAGAUGACCUUCUAGGCAAGAGGAGAAGCUUCUCUCCCAACAGCAGUAGUGACUCUCCCUCUGACAGCAAGAAGUCCCGUAGUGUAUCACCCAAAGAGACCUCCCAGAGCCCAGAGGCGGAGGCGGGUGGCAGCCACAGUCACAUGAGCCCCGAGGAGCAUUACAGGCGCAUGAUGUCAGCACUCAGCGAGCACGGCUCCUACGAGGAGCAGCAGCAGCGCCUCUACCAGCUAACCAGCAGCAUGGGACUGCCCGGCCAUGACGUGCUGCGUGCUCGACAGGAGGCGUUGGCUGCGGCGGUGAGGAAUGCACCGGCCCUAGAAGCUCACCUGCCCACAGGAGGCAGCUCGUCAUCGUCCAGCCAGAGACGUAAGCAGGGCCUACCGCAGCACCGCGACGCCCAUUACACUGACAGUGAACUGUCCCAACCUCCACCCCUGCUGUCACCUCCAACCGCCCCCCACAUCGCCUUAGGAUCUCACCUGCGGCCCCCUUUUCUGGGCCUGCCCUCAGCCCUCUGUCAGGCCCCCGGUUAUGGUUUCCUCCAACCAGCUCAAGCUGAAAUCUUUGUGCGACAACAAGAAAUGCUGAGGAAGCAGAAUCUGGCAAGACUGGAGAUGUCGGCCGAGCUACUGAGACAGAAGGAGUUGGAGAGUCUCCACCAGCGACAGCAGCAACAACUCUUGAGCUCUGACCUGCUGGCCGCUCUGUCCGCCGGUCUACCUGCGGACCACCCGGCCUUGAGGAGCCUUCACGACAUCCCUGAGGGCCACCCACUGCGAGAGGAGCUGACCCGUCGCUCCAAUGCCAUGCUGGUGCUUCGUCACGGAGCGGCCGCCCCCCUCCUGGGCCUCAACCAGCAGCAGCAGCAAGCAAGGACGUCAUCCGCCCACAAAGAUGGCGAAGCACAGAGCUCCACGACCAGCUCAGACACCGAGUCCAGAAAGGCCCUCGGCGCUGGGGACCACAAAAGAAGACGAAAGGACAGAAGCAGCGAGGGGGCCAGGGGAGACGAGGAUGACACCAAGGAGUCGGACAGUGAAACUGAAACGUGUGAUGAGAGGCAGGAGAGCGCUGGUGCCAAGUCCAGGAGGAAACACAGACACAGGAGGCGGGACGGGGUAAGCAAGGAGAGAGACGGCAAAGGAGAGUGUGACGGCGCCAAGGAGACCCGAGACCUCUCAGACCGGCUGAGUGCACCUUGGAGCUCUGCUGGCACCGACUCACCCAGUUGCUACCUCUUCACGUCUGGGCUCGGAAAGUCUGAUGUCAAGUUGCAGCUUCCAUCUGGAUUGGUGCCACCUCUGCCUGCUUUUCAAGGACAGUCGUUACCCUUUGGAUUCCCCUACAUCAACCCUUACUUCCACAUGGGCUCUAUGGGAGGUCUUUUCAUGGACGGGGAGGACGCAGCCCCGGCAAUUCCUGUGGAGGACAUCAGCAAGUGGAGCGUGGAGGACGUGUUUGGCUUCAUAAGCAGCCUGGCCGGAUGUGCUGAAUACGCGCAGGUGUUCCAGGAUCAGUCUAUUGAUGGAGAGACAUUGCCUCUUCUUACUGAGGAGCACCUUCUCGCCACCAUGGGACUAAAGUUGGGCCCUGCCCUCAAGAUCCACUCGCAGGUGGCCCGGCGCAUUGGCAGGCUUUUCUACAUGAGCGGAUUCCCACUGGCGUUCCCCUUGCAGCCUUCUGCCACCUUGCGCCCGUCGGAGCGAGAGGCGGAUCCCCCACCAGCACCUGCCGACGCCCCCUCCCUGCCGCUCUCUUUGCUCCAGAGACCCGCUUCCACGAGCAGUAGCUCGUCCCCGUACGGGCCCACCCCGGGUGGCUCCUCUCCCAAGCGGGACGAUGGCAACGGAUCCACGGUGGUGGGAAGAUAAGUAGGACAGAAGGGCUCCAUGUUGGAGAAGAGAAGCAACCCCCAUGCCUUUUAAACUGGAAUUUGUGGGUCAGGAAUUAGGAUGAAGGAUGGCAGCCAAUCAGCUGGUGAGUUCCCGGACCGGAUGAUAUCUGUAUCCGAGCAGAAUCCAAAGAACGUGUGUUGGGAGAUAGCUGCUCACAGACAGCAUGCCAAAAAGAGAGAGGCACAAAGGUCACAUUCUAACAAGUCGGACAGUCCACGGAAAGUCGCCCUCCCAUCUUCCUUCCUUCCUGGAAUGCUUUUUCAACUUUUUUGUCCAUUUUUCACACAGCAAGCCCCGCACAAUCCUGGAAUAAAAGACUCAUCUUCCUCCCUCUUCAGCGUCAAUGAGUUUUCAUCUUGGGAGGCUGGAGGAGCGCCACGCUUAACAAGCUCCAUCUUAUCACAGCAACUAUGCAUUCCACUGUCCCGAUACCAAAGAUUACCGGAUGGGUGGAAUUAGAACUAUGUUUCUGCUUCUGUUUGCAUGAAGGCCGUCAGAGCGAAGAAGAAGGGGAAUGAUGCUACAAGGCUAGUUAGCGCCUCAACAUCAAGCACUCUGUGUUACCACGCAGUAUAAUCAGGGCCACACUGACAAGAAUAAACAGUAUUACCAUGUAUUUAUGACAAUUUAAUAGUAAUAUUUGGUGGGGGGAAAAAAGUCAAAAUUAAUCUGGGAUACUAUGAAUAAAUACGAAGAAAUAGUAAAAUAAUAUAUAAAGUCCUAAAUAUGCCAGAAAAAGUUGUGGUAUCAUGAGAAAAAUAUGUUCAUAUUGUUUUGGGUAUGUGUGUGUGUGGGGGGGGGUACUUUCUUACAAUAACAAAAGUAACAGAUUCCAUGAAAAAAAUUACAAGAACAUUUCAAAAAAGAUAUACAAGCAAAAAGUCAAAAUAUUCCAAUAAUAAAAGCAUGAUUAUGUAAGGAUGAAGUUUGAAGAAUUACAAGUAGAAAUGUUCUUUUCAGAGUGGCCCUGAUGCUCCUUGGUACUGCAGGACUUUAUCGUGUUUAGCGUGUUGCUGGAAACAAUAGCUGAUCAUUGUACACUUGUGUUGACUACUGUGGGAGGUUUAAAAAACUAUAAUAAUAAUAAUAAUAACAAUGCAAAAUUGUACAGAGUCAUGCUUAAGAUGAAAAUAUCCUGAAGGUUACAUACGUGGUACUUUAACCUUUUUUGCUAAAUGUAGAUGCACGAAAAAAGGUUUUCUUUACUAAAAAAAAAAAAUCGGACUGGCAGAACUUUUUGUGGUACUUUGGUCAUAUAUUUUUCUUUUUUUAAACUGUAAUAUUAAAAAGGCCCACACAAUCCUGAAUGCUACUCCAGCAUAUAAACCAGGACAAAGUAUUUAUAGGUCUUAGCAGAUGAAGCAAAUUCUAUGUAUUAUAAUUAACCCCUGAGAUUCCAAAGAUACUUUGACUUUUUAUUUUGGUUGCAGGGAAAAUAAAGCUCUUAAGACAGUUUUUUUCUUGUAUCUACGCAAGCAGUUGAUUCAAACGCUCCCUUUAAAGGUUUUGUCUUCAACCUAUUUUUCUAUUCACCUCACGGGUGAAAUAAAUCAUACAGAAAUUCUACUUUUGACUUUUUGUGUGUCUUUUCUUCCAUUUCUAUAGUAUGUGUGCUCAUCAGACAGAGUAUUGUAGUAUGUACACCAGGGUUCAGGAUUCUUCUCACUGAGCUGAAGUCUUGGAUGAUGUUGUGAUGUUGUGAUCAUGGCUUUGGAACAUAUCUGGUCUGAAUUCUACUGGACUUGAAAUUCCAUUGUAAUCUGCAGCACCAAUGCAUGCAACGGG